AUGGACGGGUAUAGCGUAUUAAAAUUGUUUGGUUUUCGAACAACUACAGUAUUGGAUAUUGAGAAACUUCUCGAUCUCACUCGAGAAGAUUAUAUUAUAACCUCAAAAAUUACUGGCGAAAAAUUGAUUGACUUGCGAGUUCAUCCGAUGAAUUGUGGUUCUGCGUUUCUCCGUCAUAAUGGAAAUAUUAUGGCACUGCAUACUUUGUUCAGAAUUCAGUGAGUUGAUUUUUUGGAAUGCAUUUUAUUGAAAUUCUUUUUUUUUUUAGGCAUGACAUCAGAAUUUAUGCUUCUGAACCACUGGUAUACGAGCUGGAGAGUCCGAAUUACUGGAUUCCGAUUUCCCAGUUGAUUCUCACAAAAAUCAUUGAAGAAUCAGAAGAGCCACCAAGAAAACGAAAAUACAAAAAUUGGUUGAGAAAACUUUCGCUUCGAAAAUAA